GCAAUACCAUGCAGCUGCAGACCAUGAAGGCUUUACCUACACUACGAAGAGGUGCUCUUGCACAGUUCCGGCGCUCAGCCAGCCUCUCAUCUCCGAUUUACCUUGAUUUCCUCGCCCCAAACACCGUCCAGAGCCAGCGUCGACCGGCUUCCACUAGCGAGUCUGCCGGGACCUCCAAGCCGCGAUAUGUUCUCAGCAAGAGGCAGCGCGAGUACCUGGACAGUGCACUGCGUGUCAAUCAAGCUGGUGAACUCGCCGCCACCCUGAUUUAUAAAGCGCAAACCCCGCAAGUCGUCCGAUCUCACCCACACCUUCGGCCUUUGAUGAAACACAUGUACGACCAAGAAGCUGGCCACCUGAAGGUCUUCAACAAUCUCGUGGCCAAGCAUGAAGUCCGCCCAACUGCAAUGUAUCCGAUAUGGGAGGUUGCGGCCACGUUCUUGGGAUGGUCGACCGCGGCCCUAGGUCGCGAGGCGGCAAUGGCAUGCACCGAGGCAGUGGAAACCGAGAUUGGAACACAUUACAACGACCAAGUGAGGGAAAUCCUAUCAUGGGAGGCUGAAGCUGAACGGCGAGGGGAAGAGCUUGAUGAAGAGCUCAAGGAAAUGGUGGCGAUCUUCCGGAGGAUUCGCGAUGAGGAGUUGGAGCAUUUGGAUCAUGCCGUGGCCAACGACUCCAAGGAAGCCAAACCCUAUGAUCCUUUGGUGGAUGCUAUUCGUCUUGGUUGCAGAACUGCCAUUAAAAUCAGCGAAAAGAUCUAGGGAAGGAAGAGUUCUCGGUCUGCGAAAUGCCAGAACGUGAUCGGGUCUCCAAAUCUAUAUAAUGGAUAUGUAUCAAUAUCAUGUAAACUAUUUUCAAUCCUUCAUAAAUUUCAUCAAACGUCACGUCUUACCAAGAGCAGGGUAUCAUUGCAGAGAAAGCUCCCACCUUUUGGUCCAAAUCUAACAUGUUACAACACUCAUUUGCGAGAUAACAAAUCCGUCGCAUAAUCCAUGCCCUACUGCUGGCUCUCAAGGUAGUCGAUAAAGCUUUCGGAGAAUCUCACGACCUGUUGGUAAACCUCCUCAAACCCAUUGGCGCCGCCAUAGUAAGGGUCCUCAACUACUUCACCACCGCCGACACGGGCAUGCAGCUUCCCACCUUUGCCAAAGUCACCGAAGAGCCGCACUUCAGCGACCCGCGCAUCCACGCCGUGAGCGCCAAUGGCCGCUUCUGACGCAGCACGGGUAUUUUUCGCAGCUGACUUGGGAUCAGCCUUGCGUCGCAGCGAUGACAUGACCGACUCGCGCACAUCCAGCAGAUCGCGCAAAUUGGACUUAUCCAUAGCAAGGAGAUAGUCGAACUUGAGGAAAUCGUCCUUGGUGACCUUGCGAGCGGCGUGACUGUAGUUGGUAAUUCCGUGGCGGCGCAGGGUGGACAUGGUCCGGCUGUCGGGGCCCUCGCCGCAGUGAUAGGCGCCCGUUCCGGC